AUGGCGAUUCUUGCGRCAGAGAUAUUUUUCUCUGACAAGAAUCGAAACGAGGGAGACUCUGCUAGCAGGGAAGCGUCACGCACGACUCGCUACAUAACAACGCGCCUCUACGAACCAUGCUGUCAGAACAGCCUUUUGAAGACCUCAACUACCUUUAGCUUCACGAAACGUCAGUACCUACGAAGUAAUAUAGUGCAAUACUCUAAGAACAUKCUGGCUUUGAAGAUCGCUGUGUUGCUAGUGUUCGUUUGUGGCGUCCAUGGGAGGAUCGACUACAUCGACGUGUUCACCGAAAAACCAGUGUUUGGCGAUCAAUACAAGAUGAAAGUAAUAGAUAAUUUCCUAUACGAAGUAGAAGUCCGAAAGAUUCAUUCACAGGAAUCUUUAGCUGAAGAAGUAAUAGGAGGUAAUAAGGUAGCAGAAGAAAACCCAACUGAACUACCAAAAUACGUAGGGAAAUAUGAUGUCAUAAGUGCCGAACGUCUUGAAGAAGAUAUGACAAUAAAUUCGAAAAAGGACGUCAARGAUAGAGUUGCGAAAGGUUUUUUGAAAGCUAAGGGUAAGGGAAUAAUUACCAAGGAACACUUGAAGAAAAUACAACCCAAGAUCAAGGCCUUACUGCUGAAUGUCUUUGAGCACUUCUCAGAUUUUAGAUUCUACGCCACUGAAAGCGAGGGAAACUGUAUCUUUUUCCUCGAUGUCAAAAACCUAAAAUUUUACGUUUUCAAGGACUUAGUGUACAAAGAAGUAUUGUGAUCGUUCGCUAAACUAAAGACAGGACUUUUGCAUGCAAUAAACGACAAAUUAAUUCUUCACUCGUUAACAAUUUUUGUCAACUCUCCAUCAUGCAUAGGGCUCUGGCAUCGUUCACAUUAUGUUAUUUGUAAUUUUGUAGUUU